AUGUCCGUCUCGACAGCCUCCAGGAGAGAGCCACCUUAUCGGCCCUUUCAAUGUGUCAUCUGCCAGGCGCGGUUUAGUCGAGGCGAGAACCUCAAACGCCAUGCCGCCGUACAUAACCGGUCUCAGGACAAGGGAUCGCUUACUUGUCCACUAUGCCCGGUGACAUUUUCUCGCGCGGAUCUCAGAAGUCGACAUAUGAAGAGAAAACACCCAGAACACGAAGACCAACGACAGCCUCCAAAGCGGCCACGGCGUCCGACUGCCAAUCAAAGCAGGGAGAGAUGGACAGAGCGAUCCGACGUUGCAGGUUCAUUGUCCCCUGCAGAGAGCGAGGUAGAUGGACUAUACCACUCCCAGCAAGGAAGCCAUGAUGAAAUGCACUCACCUGGCGAUCCGCAUGCUAUUGACAGGAUAGUCCAGAGUGCGAGUCUACUGGAGCGGAAUCUACUUUUAGAGACCGCUCUGCUCGGCAACUCCCAACAAUUUCAUGAUCCUCAUUUCAGAUCUACCACCACCACAACACACAACGAAUCCCGACAACCCUCUUUCGCCAAUCUCGGCAUUCCUCCCGACAUCUCCAAUGCGUUAUUGGUGACCGGUCUGACUCCACCUCAAGAAGAAACAUCCUUAUCUCCAUUUCAAGUUACACGAGGCUGUGAUCUGUUCUUUACGCACGUUUCGGCUUUCCUCCCAUUUAUACAUCAAUCGACCUUCGACAUUUCGCAAGCAGCGCCUGAAUUAAUUCUCGGCAUGCUUUCGCUUGGCUAUCAAUAUGGGGAGGAUCCAGAUUUGGGAGACAAAGAAGGAUCGGGUGCUAGCCUUUCCACGCGCUGCUUCCAUCAAGCUCGAACCAUGAUUGCCUCGGAGGAGGCGAGCACGGAAGACUUUUCAUACAACUUAGCUAUUGUUCAGUCUUACCUGCUCCUUCAAAUCUGUGCCAUGAUGUACCUUUGUGGUACGGAUUCGACGUAUGGGCUGAAGAUGCAUUCCAACAUGAUUUCUCUGGCCCGGGCCAGCGGCAUAAUGCAGCCAAGACCCAAAGAACCAUCCGCAUCUACCGAUCUGGACUCAUUAUGGCGGGAGUUUGUCCGAUCCGAGUCUCACAAGCGAACGGUAUUUGCUGUUCAUCAAAUCGAUGCACUCUGGUACCAGUUUCUGUCAAUUCCUCGCUCAAUCUCGCAUCUUGAGAUCAAACAUGACCUGCCCUCUCCCGAUGAUCACUGGUCGGCUUCGUCCUCUGCCGAAUGGGCCCAUCGGCGCCUUGUGGCCAACAAUUCUGGCGCUCCAGUACAAUACGCGGAUGCCGUCCGACGCUUUCUGUCCCCGGAUUCAGAUCUGACCGCUCUUCCUGAUUUCGAUCCUUACGGUGCGAUUAACGUUGCGCAAUUCUUGAUCUCUAGCGCCCGCGAGAUAUCAGGCUGGUCCACAAUGACGGGUAUGCUUAGUAUGGAGAGAUUUGGAUGCUUGAAGAACUCGCUCGUCACCCUCCUGCCGUUCAUACAUCCUCAAGUCGAACCAUCAAGGUCAACACAUGCUGCAAUGUGUAUGGCUACAUGGCAGACAGCUAUGCUCGAGCUACAGAUGUGGUCGCCUUCACAUACUGGGGGUAUUGUUGGAGGAACGAUGGAUGCUAUGUUGAGCCAAUCAACUGCUCUGGCCCCUACGUAUGACUUCCUAUGCGACGUUGACACUGCCAAAGCUAUCGAACCACAUGUUCAAUGGUUCUUGCAAUACCUGGAUGAAACAAUCAUGCCAGACUCUGAAGCUCCAUGGAUCACAAUAUAUGCGUACAAGGCAUUCCUUAUUGCCUGGCAGCUUGUCCACGGUGGUGUUUCAGGCGCUAUGCAAGUGGUUGGCGUGGCGGAUGGAGAUGUCGCUGGAGCUGUAUCAUGGGCAAGAACUAUUUUCGAACGCAGAAGCCGGUGGAGACUGGGUCAGAUGAUUCUUUCGUGUUUGGAUGAUCUUGAAGCUCAUAACGAUACCUGA